AUGGGAACUUUGGCAGCGGUUUUCGGGCACCCAGAUGAAUUUUACCCCUUGUUGAAGCUGAAAAGGGCGGUAACAGAUGUGGAGAAGCUGAAGCAAAUCCCAUCUAAGCCUCACUGGGUUUUUUGUUAUACUAUUCUUCACAAGGUCUCUCAUAAAUUCCCUCUCGUGAUUCAGCAUCUUGAUACCGACCUUAGAGACGCUGUAUGCAUAUUUUAUUUGAUUCUUCGAGCCCUUGACACAGUUGAGGAUGAUACAAGUAUACCUACAGAGGUGAAGGUGCCUAUUCUCUUGGCUUUUCAAAGUCAUGUAUAUGAUCGUGACUGGAAUUUUUCAUGUGGUACAAAGGAUGACAAAGUUCUGAUGGACCAGUUUCAUCAUGUUUCAACCGCUUUUCUGGAGCUUGAAAAGGGUUAUCAGAAGGUAAUUGAGGAUAUUACUCAAAAAAUGGGUGCAGGAAUGGCAAAAUUUAUUUGCAAGAAGGUUGAAACAAUUGAUGACUAUAAUGAAUACUGCCACUAUGUAGCUGGACUUGUUGGAUUAGGUCUGUCUGAGCUUUUCCAUGCCUCUGGGAAGGAAGAUAUGGCUCCAGAACAUCUUUCCAGUUCAAUGGGUGUAUUUCUUCAGAAAGCAAAUAUCAUUCGAGAUUAUCUGGAGGAUAUUAGAGAAACACCAAAGCCGCGGAUGUUUUGGCCUCAAGAGAUUUGGAAUAAAUACGUCAACAAACUAGAGGACUUACAGUAUGAGGAAAACUCUGUCAAGGCAGUAGAAUGUUUUAAUGACAUGGUUACCAAUGCUUUAACACAUGUGGAAGAUUGUUUCAAAUACAUGUCUGGUUUAAGAGAUCCUGUUAUUUUCAGAUUUUGUGCUAUCCCUCAGGUUAUGGACAUCGGAACUUUAGCAUUAUGCUGCAACAACAUUGAAGUCUUCAAAGGUGCAGUGAAAAUGAGACGUGGUCUCUCUGCUAAAAUCAUUGACCGAACAAAUGUUAUGUCAGAUUUGUAUGGUGCCUUCUAUGAUUUCUCUUGUAUGCUCAAGUCCAAGAUCAACAAGAAUGAUCCCAAUGCAACAAAAACCUUGAACCAGAUUAAUGCAAUUCAGAAAGUAUGCAUGGAAAGACAUGGAAGACACUAUGUUGUUUCGGGAAUCAAGGGAAAAGACAGAACUGCCCCUUUUGUCUUAACAAUUUACUUUGACCAGCCAACUCCAGAUUUGACUCCUAGUGUCAUAUUUCCAGUUUUCCUAUUUCUCUCAAUGUUCAUACCCAAAAUCUUCCUAGCUUACCUAGAUCUUUCAUAUCAAAAUGUUUACUCAUUUUCUCCCUUAAAUCUAUCAAUUUCUGAGACACCUUACAAGCUAGCAACAUAUCAUCCACAUACAGUGACAGAUAUAUAUGCAUUCUCCGUAUAA